UGGAGUUUUCCUUUCGAUUUACUCUUCCGGUAGGUGGCGCUAUAAAAUAUGCGCCCAUCGACGAUAUUGGCAUCAGUAUUCGCACAGCACUUCUAUCAACAACAACAUCCAUCAAAAUGAAGUUCUUCAUUGCAAUCAUGGCUGUGGCGUUCGUCGCUGCGUCCGAGGCCUCGUACCUGCCAUACGCUGACGAUCUGUCCUACCAGAGCUACGGUUAUGGACUUCCUCUCUCGAAGGUGGUCGUCGGCUCGUCGUACGGUCUGCCAGCAGCUGUGGACAAGUACUCCUACCCAUCGUACUACAGUUCCUAUCCGGCCGUGAAGAAGGUGGUCGAAUAUCCGUCGGUUGCUCCGGUGCUGGCCACCAAGGUCGUUGAUAACAGCUACGGACUGGGAUACAACAAGCUGGUGUCCCCGGUCGUCGCCACCAAGGUCGUUGAUAACAGCUAUGGCCUAGGAUACAACAAGCUGGUGUCUCCGGUCCUUGCCAGCGGUUACGGUCUCGGAUACAACAAGCUGGUGUCCCCAGUCGUCGAUAAUGGCCUGUAUAACUAUGGCGGCUACGGACUGGGAUACAACAAGUACCUGUCGGCCGCUCCAGUUGCCAAAUAUGUGUUGUAAAUGUGUAAAUAAUAUUGUUUUAAUAAACCGGCUCCGGCUCCGAUCCAUGACGUAUGAAUGUUAACCCAA